AGGAAGCGCCGCGCCCCCGCUGUCCUUGCCUUAAACCCAACUUAAUCCUUGCCGGCGCCUGACCUGAGGUGCCCGAACAUGGCCGGCCGCCACCGCCUCGCGGCGCUCCUGCUCGGGGCCUCGCUCGCCGCCGCCGGCGGCCGCGCUCCUCGGCGCCCGCCGGCCAGCGAGGUCAGGCGCGCGAGCGGGCAGGACGGGUGCACGCCCGAGGCCUCGGCGUCGGUCGCCGGCUCUGGACUGUCUUGCAAUUGCAGCUUCUGCACAAAUGCUCUGGCGGACCUCUGCUGCAAGUUCUCCGGCAUCCCAGCCACGCUCCUCGCCUUCGAGGAGGAUGGCCUUUGGGGUCCUCGCCUGGACGAGUUCAACGAGUGCACAGGUGCCAAGGUGACCCUGACCUACACGCCUCAGGGCGAGGACGGCAUGCAAGCGGCUCUUGAGGCCGACGUGGGAGUGCUCUACACGGCCAGCAACGGCGCCACCUUCAGCUCGGAAGGCGCUGGCAUCUACGAUUCGUACAUCGUGCAAGCGCCCUGGAUUCCAGCCAUCGUGGACGGCCUCGAGAACCUCAGUCCGCGCAUCGCGCAGACGCCCUCUCUAGAUUGGCUUGACGUCAACUCGAUGUCGAGGCAGAUCGUCUCCUUCGACAACACCGUCCGAGCGCUGCCUCUGGACGUCGACUACAUCGCCUUCGGCUGGCGCGCCGACGUGUUCGAGCGGUGGGGGAAGAGUCCACCCGAGACUCUGGAGGAGCUUGUGGAGUUGUCCGAGUUCUUCAACGGGAAGGACCACAACAACGACAGCGUGGCAGACUGGGGUUUCUGCCUCACGCCGCAGCCCAACUAUUUCUACGCCUUUGUCGCGCCCGUGAUGCAGCGCAUGCGACGCCUGUGCGGCACCACCGAGGCUGGGGAGACCCCCAUCUGUGACCAAGAGCUGACUGGACAGAACCUUUUUUUCGAUGUCGAGACCUUCGAGCCUCUUCUGGACAAUCCGGGCUUCCGCUACGCCCUCGACCUCCACGCGCGCUUCCUGCGGGCCAGCAAUUGUCAGGACCAGCUCGAGUCGCUGGGUAAGUGCGACCGAAAGUCUGCCAUGCAGAGCGGCCGAUGUGCCGGCGUCAUAUCCAUGCCAGGCACCAUGACGAAAAUGCUGAUGCCCCCAGACGACCAGAAUUACGCCCCCCAGCCACGCUACGCCGAGGACGGAGUCACGGUCGAGUGGGCCGUCGGCGGCGCCGAGAACGGCAGCUAUUGGGGCAGGCGGGUGCGUUUCCCUGGGUCGUCGAAGGCGUACGAUUCCGAGGACGGGACCCUGAAGGACUGCACGCCCGACUUCUGCCCAAAGGCAGUCCCGCACUCGACAAUGCCCGGAGUGCUGGUCAACUAUGCUCCGUUCUUUGCCGAGGGCGGCGAGGCGUAUGCCCUGCGGGGCAAGACGGCGUCCACCAAGAAGGAUCUCAUGUUCAGUUUCUUCGAGUGGCUCGCAAAUUUGCCGCCCAGUAGCGUGCCGCUGAGCGGCCUUUACCGGCGCUCACAGCUCACGCCGGAAGCGCAGGACGAGAUGGUCCAGAAUGGCAUGCCAGAGCAGGUGGCGAUUGACUUGGUUCAGCUAUUGCAGUUCCUUUUCAGAGACGAUGAGACAGAGGGUGCCAACAACGUUCAGGAUCUGCUCGUCCUCGGCUUUGCGGAGUACAUGAACGCUUUUGGCACGCGUAUCUACGACGAGUUCUUGCUGCAGGCUGAAGUCUUCAAUGGUUCGCUAUCGGAUGCGGAGUUCGAGGACAGGUAUGCCGCAGUCAUUUUGGCACUCAAGGGUGAUUACGAACUAAUCAAUCAUAAGUAUGGCCAGGUGGCGCAACUGCAGCGUUGGCGCACCUCGCUUGGCUUCGCGGAGCUCUCCGACCAGGAGUUGUGCGGCAGAUUCGCAGGGGCGAACGGGGCGAACGCCGAAGCGCUUCUUGCAACCGGCGUUGUCUGCCAGUCUCUGGUGCAGUACGUUGCCCAGCAGGUUUUCGAGAUUGUCGUGGUGACAGUCGCCUGUCUGAUUGCCGUUAUCCUAAUCAUCAUGGUUUGUGUGUGGCUCUUGCGCACCAUCCAAACAAGCCGUCGCUUGCAAAAGGAAGCCACCCGGCUCGUCCACAUGCAGGUGGUGGAGGCUGCGGGCAAGGUAUCCGAGAUCCAGGCGCCCUUCGUGGUGAUGAGGGCCAGCGACUUUCUCAACUGCGGCCAGCUGAUUGCCCACGAAUCUGCGCGCGACUCUUCCAAGCUGAUCAGCGUGGACAGCAUCGACGGACAGAUGAAGAACUUCUUGAGGAAGCACUACACCGUGUUCUUUUCCCACCAGUGGCUCAGCUGGGAGGUGCCCGACCCCAGCCAGGUGCAGUUUGCUGCGAUGCACAGGGCGCUCGACGCCAUCUCUGCCAGGACCGGGUUGAGCAUGGACGAGCUGUACGUCUGGUGCGACUGGUUCUCCAUCCCCCAGAGGUGCCGCGCCUUCCAGAAGAUGGCCAUCGCCUCGCUGCCGGUCUUCGCCUCCCUCUGCCACUGCUUCGUCGCCGUCGUCCCCGACAGCUGGCACUCCGACACGGGGGCGGCGGCCAACAAGGCGACCUACCACCGCCGCACGUGGUGCCGCGCGGAGGUCAUGUCCCACUGGGCCCGCAGGGGCACGGACAACAUGUUCUACGCCGACGGCGAAGGCCUCGAGCCGAUGGCGCCGUCUGGCCCCACCGACGAGUUCCUGGAGGCGAUUCAGGUCUUCCACGGGGACCUGACCUGCUGUGGCCGGGGCCACUACGGCGGGGCACCCUGCGACAGGGAGUUCCUGAUGCUGCCAAUGCUCGGCCUGUUUCAGCAGAUCCACGCGAACCGCCACGAGGAGCGCAUGAAGAGGAUCCACGACGUCAUUGAGCCGAUCAUAUCGGACGUGUUCCCGGCCACGUUCGAGUACGCGAGCAGCGCCACGGGCACGAUCGAAAAGCCUCUCUUCGGCGACCUCAUCCAGGCCCUACGUUCCAAGGAGGCGAAGGACGAGGCAGACAAGUCGCGCUGGCAUCGCCUGGGACUGAAGUCGGGCAGGUGCCACCGGCCCGGUACGACCUGCACGGGCGCGCCCAACUACAAUUAUUUCGAAGCUAUGAGGGCAUCGGAGGUCUCGGGGAUGGCGUCGGGAUGGAUUUCUCCUGAGGGUUCGGCCGCGACUUCCAGUAAUUUAUGAUCUAGGAGCGUGUCUGUUUCAGAAAGGUCAAUAGUCAUGACACGGACACGCGCCAGGAGAUCCAGGAUUCUCAGGGGCCCGUCAGAUGCUCCUGAACUCUUGGAACGCAUUCUGCGCAAAUCGUAUCAUAGCUACAUCACCAAUCUCUUGGUGCUGCCCAUCAUGUCCUCAACAGCUUGUGAUUAAGCGUUGAACUCAGCCGAAUUUUUGAUUAAUACUUCACCCCUGUGAUUCAGUCUUAGAUGGUUGUAAAUAGUUUGAUGGCUAUUUCAUCGCAGGUGGGCCUGACGCGAAGAUGUGGCAAUGAUCUCCCCGUGCUCUCUCUCUUACCCACACCAUCGGAUUGUCUGGGACUGCGCACAUACGUCGAAUUCGCCCAGCGAUGAGGUGUGGCCUUGCGACUCAGCUCAUGUUUCGUGCGCGUGACUGUUGCCGCUCGCUCACGGCGCCGUGAGGGAGAAAACGUGGCAGUGUUCGUC